AUGGUUUUCACUUCGCAGAUCCUUUUGGGCGCCUUGACCCUUUCGCCCGCUCUCGCCAAUCCUGUUAAGCUGGAGGCUCGACAGUCGACCCUUCCCAAUUUCUACACGCUCACGGCAUACGCUCCGGACAAUGCCAACCUGAACGGCGCCAAGUUCCAAAACGGUGGCAACCUCUUCGGGAAAGAAGUCGCUUCAUACUGCCCUACCAGUGUUGGUGCUUCCUGCCCCAAUGGCACCGAAACUGUAUUCUCGGGUGCUUUCUAUCCCGCUUGCCUUGUUCCCGGCGGCCAAGAUCUUUACGUCACUCACGAUGGGGACAUUGCCAUCACUGUCCAGCACUCGCACUACAUUCCCUCAGACGCAUAUCACAACUAUGAGGGCUGGUCCUGGAAUGCUCUUCCCACCGAUACCUAUUCUGCUUCCAUGCCUGACUGCCCCCUUGAUGACCCCCGCUACAACUGCGACACUCCCUCCGGCUACUGGACUUUCCAUGCACCUGACGCUGCUGAGGAUGUUGGAGGCGUUGUGGCCUGCCCCGACCCGAAUUAUCCGGAGAGCAUCCAGGCUUACGCUGUGACUCCAAGUUUCAAUCGCACUGACUGCACUCCCAUGGUGGGCUUGGGCACCCACAACUACACGGGCGUCAACCCGCCUGUGUGGUCGUAUAUGUAA